AUGUCGACCCCCGACCACCACUCGUCCUCGUCCUCGUCCCUCUCGACCCUCUUCAGUAACCUCUCAACCACCACCAGCGGCUCCUCGCUCGUGUCCCUCGCGUCUGGGGGCGAAGGAGUCACCUCCACAGGUAACAAGUUGCCGUCGGUCGACGAGGCGAGUGACAGCGCGACCGGCGACGACCAGGUACUGUACCUGUGGCUCCUGAGGACUCGACGAACCCUUCAGCCCCCGUAUCUCCUGUCCGCGAAGCCGUCACUAGUACGGCUCCCCUCGGCUCCUCAAGCCUCCUCCCAAGACAGCACCUCCAGCCCCCUCGAUGUUCGCACCGUGCCCCACAUCGUCGAGACCAUCAUCCAGAACGCGCUCCGAGACCCCGCAGCGCACCCCAUUCUCCGCCAGGUCAACCGGGGCAUGCUCGAGCGCGUCUCCACAGUGUCCAUGACCCACAUCCGCAUCAAGGCCGACUGGGAACACGCAGUCACCAUCCAGGCACACGGCGUCAACAUGCUCUUCGCAAGCCUCGUGCUGGCUUACCCCCACUCUGACCGUGCGAUUCCCGGCCUGUCCUACGACUUGUCCGACAUUCCCGGAAUCACUCGCACCCGCGCGCGGCUGCUCCGCCACACCAAGGUCGUCGACGAGCCUCUGGACGUGAAGAGCAUUCACCACCUCCACCUAGCCGGCGUCUACCACUACGUGAGGAAGAUCGAGACCUUCCGCACCUGCUCGUCCGUCGCAACCUUCGACAUCCCAGUGGCGCCAUUACUGUCCACCUUCUACACCUUCAAGGAGACCUGCCUGACGCCAUGGGAGAACGCGACUCCAGUCUGGUGCGACUUUGUCCCUCCCGGCCCGACGAUCGCCACCUUCACGAUCAUGUACGGCCCGGACAGUCCAGCACUCCCGAACACGUUCCUGCGCCUGCCAUCGCACGACACGCGUGAGCACCUGAAGGAGCUGGUCAUCGUCUUCCUCCCAGUCACUCCAGCUCUGCACGCGAUGACUUUGACCGAGAUGGGGUCCGCUGAAGCGCAUGCGGAACGUGCUCGCGACAGCCCGGACAGCCAGCGCAUGCUUGUCCCACUGGCUGCUCUCGUCCUGGACAAGCCGGACACGCUCAAGGUGACGCUUGUGGGUAUGGAGAACGUCCCCGCCGUGUGCCUCGGUGACUGGUGUACCCAGGUCCACAGUGCACGCUGCGAGGGGUGGUUCACUGCCUGCGUUCCCCAGCUCCAGGCCAGCAACCUUCCACAGCUGUUGGGAGAUGUGCAUGACCUCGAUGAGAUUGUGCGCGAGGUGACACUGGAGGAGUACCGACGGGAAGUGGGCGAAGACGCUUUCCGCAUGGCAACGGAGGCACACGUGGAUAUGGUUCGUGGUUCACCAUUGUGA